AACGGGCGGGGGGGACGGUGCCAUGCCUCAACGCAGAGCGGGGCGUUGGGAAGAGCGAGCUGUCAAACAUCGAGCGGUUCAUUGCACUAUGUACACCGCGACUCAUGAACUUUUAGAUUUUGAACUUGGGCGUCACGCCAUGGAGAAACUCGUGGAGCUGGUCGCGGCCCACCAGCAGGAAUUGCAUCACCUCAUCGACUCGCAGCGCGAAGCGCUCCGCACCGUCUUGGAGGAAGUCAACUUUGCACCCCAACCGCCUGAUGAUGGUGAAGGCAUCACCAUGGCAUUGGAGGAUGCCCAGCGCCCAAUGCAGCCGACGCUGCCUGAGGACGUGGACCCCUUGCCAAGUUCGCCUCUCGAGAUCUGGAGCGAGAAGAUAGAGAUCCCAGAGUUUGAGGCUCAUCACGUGGAAACGGGUUCCAAUGGCUCCGAGCCCUUCGACUUGAGCACCUGCGUGGAGGACGCCCAGAUUCGCUCUGAGCGGCCCUCAGGUGUCGUCUCCAGUCACAUGCUGGGCGUGGGUGCAGACACCAGCACCAAGCAGAAGAUGCUGUACCGCCUGGAUUGCUUGGCGGGACUCUGUGUGCUUUUGAACUCCCUGUUCAUGACCGUGGAGCUGGAGUUGGAGGGGCGUAUGAGCGGGGCAUUGUUGGGACGCACCCCGCCCAUGGACUUGGACAGCGCCACGUUCUUCAACGUCACCGACAACAUCUUCGCUGUCCUCUAUUUCUUGGAGCUCGUGUGCCGCGUGGCAAUUGAGAAGAAGAAGUUCUUCCAGACGGCGGUAAACUGGUUUGACAUCUUCCUGGCGACUACGACCUGCCUGGACGUCUGGCUUCUCAGGCCAAUGGCGCUGUCAGGCGGCGCGACGGACCAGAUGAUCUUGCUGCGCCUGGCGCGGGCUGUGAAAUCCAUGCGGGCCAUCCGGAUGGUGAGAACUCUUCGCCUCUUCCGCGGGCUGCGGGUGCUCGUGCGGGCAUGCUACUCCUUCCUGCCCUCGCUGGCCUGGUCCAUGGUGCUCUUGGCCAUAUUCAUGAUCAUGGGUGCGCUCAUGCUGGGGAACCUGCUGCAGGAGUUCAUUGCGGACACCUCCCAAGAUGCAGAGUCCAGAGACUGGAUUUGGGAGCACUACGGCACGGCCCUGCGGGCCAUGUACACCCUCUACGAGAUCACCUUCGCGGGUAACUGGCCAACAUAUGCACGCCCGGUGAUUAGAGACGUGGGCAGCUACUUUGCGCUGUUCUUCCUGGCGUAUAUCACGCUCAUUGUAUUUGCCGUGAUCCGCGUCAUCACUGCGAUAUUUUUGAAGGAUACUCUGGACGCUGCGAACAACGACGCGGAGCUUCUCGUGGUUGAGCGUCUUCAAAAGAAGGCAUCUUAUGUCAAAAAGCUCGAAACCAUUUUCCAGUCGAUCCGCGAGGCAAAUGGAAUGAUCAGCCAGGCACGGUUGGAGGAGACUUUGGAAGAUCCAAAGGUGAAGGCAUACUUCCAGACUCUGGAAGUGGACGUGCACGAAGGCACCGCUCUCUUCCACAUUCUGGAUAAUGGUGACGGCGAAGUUACUCUAGAAGAGUUUAUAGAUGGAAUUCUACGGUGCAAAGGACCUGCGCGGGCCAUCGACCAGGUGGCCAUGCAGGCUGAGAUGCGGCAAAUGUCUGCCAAGCUGGAGGAUGCCACCGAACUCUUGGAGAGGGCCUUCGGCAAUAAGCCUCCCCCACGCCUGUUCCGGCGUGGCUCCCGCGCAGAAUACAUGCGCCUCUUCCGCAUGGACGCGACGGAUCAGCUGAACUUUCAGCACACCGCCUCUGAGCGGAUCUGACGCCUUGCUGAGCCAGCUGCGUGAACAGGGCACUUGGCACUUGAGGGCUCUAAUUGCAAGCCUUGCGUGCCUCAAACCAGGUGGCACUUUCUUAAACUGUGUUCCGGUGGCCUUCUUGACAGGGACCC